AGUUGCUUAUAAGUUUCUAAGCUGGCCUCGCACGCUACAUCCAUUGAUGGUAUGAAAAAUUGUGGUGGUAGCAUUGACAUGGCAAUUGAUAGCAAAGCUAUACAGCCCCCACUCAUGGCAAUGGAAACAUAGUGUGAGCUAUGAUUUUUUAGUGGAGUUUGUAGUAUAUUUUUGUAUUUAAAUUCCUUUCUCUCUCCUUGUGAAUGGGUUUGCUUCUCAAAUAAUAUUAUAUGGUUAGCCAAUUAAUCUAGCCCCCGCGGCCUCAUGAUCAUGACUUGAAGACGAAGACAACGUGGGUCCACACUGAACUGGAAAAGCGACACGUCGAAAGAAAGUGGGACCAUUCAUGAACUGAACUAACUACAUGGGGUGAUAGUUGGUCCUUCCCCAUAUUGAAGGGAGAGGAGCCAUGUACAGUACAUGCACAGCUGUCCUCGUGUUCUCACUCACGCAAUAGUUUACGACCCUCAAAUUAAAAUAAAUAAAUAAACCAUAAUAGCCAGCCAUAGCCAUAGCAUUUACCCCAUUUCAUGUGGGACGUGUCCCUCUUUUUAUUUCCCGCUCUGCUUCUAACUACCCAAGUACCAACCCAACCCCACGUCCAUGUAUAGGCCAUAUAUAACUUUCUUUCAUUCCCUCUAAUUUCUCGCAUAUGCUUUCCGUUUUGGUCAUGUACGAAAAGCUAACCCUUAUUGUUCUAUGAUUAUCACGUCAAUGUCAUUUUCAAUUUCAUUGACAAUGGUACACGUACAUACAUUCCCUCAUUGAAGUUUGAACCGUAGAUUACAAGUUUUUUUAAGAGUUCUUUCAAAAAUCGGUAUGGAAAGCUUGCUUUGUGAUGAGUCGUGGCUAUCUAGCCCAGCAACACCAAUUCAUCAACAUGCAACUAAGCACCACAGUUCAGAGAGCUACUAUGGUUCGUUUUAUACUACUAAGGAAGAUUGUGAGCAGGCCCUUGCUAUAUACCUAGAGAAGGAGAUGAGUUACAUGCCUGAAGCUAGUUAUAUUGAGCAUCUCCGGUCGAAAAAUUUGAUCUUUGCUAGAUUUAGAGCUAUUCAAUGGCUUUUCAGGUCCAGAAGUCGCUUGAAUCUCUCUUUUGAAACUGCUUUUCAUGCUGCAAGUUAUCUUGAUCGAUUCAUAUCUAUGCAUCAAUGCAAUGUAUGGGAACAUUGGAUGGUUGAAUUGUUGUCUGUUGCGUGCUUAUCUAUUGCCUCCAAGUUCAGUGAAACCUGCACUCCUAGCUUGCAUGAAAUUCAGAUGGAGAAUUUGGACCAUUCAUUUCAUCCAAGCACUAUCCAACAGAUGGAAUUGAAGCUGUUAGAGGCACUAGGAUGGCGCCUUGGCUCUACAACGGCUUAUUCUUAUGUUGAACUGUUGAUGUGGAGUACUGACUCUUUGAAACCUCACCUCCAUGAGGAGUUUAUUACCCGAGUAACCGAGUUACUUCUCGGGGCUAUUUCAGAUUCAAAAGUGUUGGAAUUUAGGCCAAGCGUUAUUGCAGUAUCUGCACUUUGGUGCAGUCUAGACGAGUUACACCCAUCAACAUUCGAUGCCAACCUAGCCUCUCUGACAAGACACUUUAAUCAAUCUCAAAAGGAUGAUGUAGUGAGGUGCCAUAUGAUCAUGGAAGCUCAUCAGCAGGUUGGUUCUUUGCAAAACUUGAUAGAUAAUGAUAAUGGGAACUAUUAUGACUGCCCUUCAAGUCCCACCACAGUAUUGCCGAAGCAGCCCAUUGACAUACGUGAUUGCAGUUUUAAUUUCACUUUCUUGAAGAUGCGUGGUCCAAAUGUCAAUCUCAAUUCAAGUAGGAAGAAAAGAAAGAGAGAAGAAGACUAAAAAUCAAAUGGUUAUCAUGGUCUUUUAUAUGUUUGUGAUUGUUGUGCCAAAAAGAGUUAAAUUGUAAGAUAAUAAUAAUCAUAUAACAAAGGAAUUUAUAUAAUUCAAUAGAUAAAUGACCACGGAAGCAGUUUGGUCA